UGAGUAAAAGUUCAAAACAGUUUAAGAAUAAAUGCGACAAAGAAGAAACAAAACUACAAUUUAGAUGGGCACUGGAACUGUAUCAAAAAUAAGCGACAAGGACUCAACCUCCAUACCGUCUAUCCUGGAUGGAAAUUUGACCGAUACUAAACUCUUCUGGUCAAGAAAUGAACUUUAUUGCAAACUCCGAUGGCGUUGAGGAUAGUCAUACAGAGAAACUGGUAAAACUCAAUGGCCUAGUAGACACCAAUGAAGAAAUGAAAUCUGGCGAUCCUUCCCAUGAAGAGUUUACUGCCGCGGAACGAUUUAUCAGUAUACUUGACAGAAGAAGGCUGAAGAGGAAAGUUGAAGAAGAAAGCGAAGUUCAAUGGAAGCCAUAUUUAAAACCCGAUGUCGAAACCGUAGCAAGUCGUGUAGACAGUCUAAUUAGCAAACAAUUCAACGAAGAAAAGCAAGUCAGAUCGAAUGUUGUAAAAUCAAGUUGUUUUCAGUUUUCCAACGGUGUGGACGCAUUUCUGAGAUAUCACGAGAAACCAAGAGCCGACAUUCAAUAUUCAGAAGAUGAUGGGGUCCUGCAGGGCGAAGGUUUAUACAGUUUCGCUGUAAGACCGUCAAGGAUAAGAAAAAAGAAGAAAAGACAUUCAAGAAAAUUCUAACGUCAGUGCAAUGGCUCCUAGUAAAAUUCUCGAAACAACUCGUGGAGACAGCGGUGAUCAGUUUGAAAAGGUAUUGAAACGUAGAAACACACUUUCUACCAAACAACAUGCUGAUGUACCUGGCGAAGUGUUCAAGCACGAAGUUUCUACGACGGAUAGAAACCCAACAGUUAAUGAGGCUUUCAUCGCACCGACAACGUUCCUCUACAAGCAAUCAUCGACCAAAGCUAUGAUAAGUCAUGUGGUAAAUCCAACCGACAACAUUCCGAGAACUGAAACAGUCAACGAAUGCAUUAUACAAGUGAAAAACAAGAAGUUGACAUUUCAAAAAACCGUGUUUUUUAUUACUGUGAAUGCCACAUCGCCAAAGCCCUACAUUUACGCGAUGGUUCCAACGUACAAAAUUCAAUUAUGCGGGGCAGUUAUCGGCCAUGUGAAACCUCCAAGGCUCGAGUACCUCAGAUCUAAGAAAAUCUGUUAUCAUGUCAUACAUCUGAUCAAGAGGUUUACCAUUAGUGCGGAAAUCUUUAGCCGCAAGGUACCUCAUUUCAAGAACGCAUUACACCCAGAAAGAAAUAUUCAUGGCUACGGAACAGAAGUCGCGGACAAAAUACAGACACGGCCAGAAAGCUAUGGUCAUACGGUAUACAAUAAAUCACUGACCGAAGAUAUCUAUUGUGACAUUGGACCUCCAGUCUCAAACCUGACCGACGUCUAUAAUAAUGCGAUAUCUAUAAACCACACCUUUCAACAGUUUGAGAAAGCUAAAACGGAAAUGAUUUGCAAGAUAUUAUUACUUGAAAUGACCAAGUAUGUAGAGCUGAUCCGCUACAUGCUCUUAGAUAAAGAAGUCUAUCUAUUCACGGCAACUGCAAUCGCCGAGAUGUCAGCUGCUGAUGAAAUGUUCGGUCGCAAGGUAUCUCCGAGCUGUGCGACUGAAGGAAACACAGCCUUAAACAUGUUCGACAAAUCAGUCUCUGUGAACUCAAAGGCCUCAUGGUGCACCAAAUCUUUAAAUCUCCGGUAUUUAGAGGAAUGCGUGGCCGUACCGUUUCUCCAAUCUGUAACAGAACACCAGAAGAAGUACAUCUUGUAUACGAUCACGUAAUAUUUCCAGUCGACGAGUUCCGUAAUUCUAACAACAUUCGCGACAACAUUGAAACAACAGAUAGCAACGACUCGACUUCGGAUGAACUUCUAGGUCAGAGACCACCAAUUCAAAAAAGUACAGGGAACUUACUGGGAAUGAGGUAAGGGUAUACCUGGGAAUAAGGUAACGUCUGUGCGUUCUGAUUGGUCAGUCAUGUAAACAAACCCAGGAAGUGAUUAUUUUUUCAAAAUUGAUAGUUUUUCACUGCAUUUAGAGUAUUUUAUUAUACAUUUUGACAAAAUUUGCUACAUUUUAUGUGUAUUUAAAAAAAGUUUUAUCAAACGAAUAUCUCCCGCCAUGUCAAUGAUGUAAACAGGGGGUCAUCUCAUUCACACGAAAAUUACUUAAAUAAAGUAUCACUAUUCAUAUGUUUUUCGUCCAAUAUUUUGGUAGAACUAAGAUAGUUCUUGAAAAACUUGUAAUUAGAUAUACAUGUUUCGAUGUAUGGAAGGCCGUACACGCCAUAAUGUUACAAUGUAAGUCUAUGGGAAAACAAUUGGUGGUCUCUAACCUAUAAAGAACCUAUGCACAACGUCAUAUCAGACGAGUUGGACGAUGAUGGUCCAUUCGGCAUAAUGUCUGUUUACUGUAACAGCGAGCUCCAUUCCAUGUAAGAUAAUUUGUUUUUGACUUCAUCAUAAUUUGUUUUAGACGUCAUCAUAUUUUUUUUUAAGUUUUCUAGUCUUAGUAACUUGGUUUUGCUUUAUAAGAAAAUUAAUAUUACUACUAUUGAGCAGACUGUAAUAUCUUUUAAACUGUUACUUUUAUUGAACACAGCUGAUAUUCAGUUGCAAAUAUUUAGCAUUUGUAUUAAAACGUUCAGAUUUUCAAUAAAUUGCUGUCUUUCAACAAAGAUACUCAAGUCAAUGUUUAAAACUAUUAAAUCCAUUGUAUUUUAAAGUCAAUUCAAACCUGUUUUUCUUUUUCGCUUUUUUAAUUUGAUUUCAUGAAAUUGCAACCGAUUAAUAUUACAGAAUGCCACAUUGAAACUUAAGAUGUUUAAUAUGUUCUAACACUGUUAUAUAUCUUUAUGUGUUACCUUCUUUAAAUAAAGUUAUUAUUAUUAUUAUUCCAACAUAAUUGCAAACUAGAGGAUUCGAAUUCAGCACUUAGCUUCAAAAUGCCAGUAUACAUGACAGAGAAUUUACGACACUGGGUGUUUUUGUUUUACAGGUAUGACAGGAUGUGAUAGGCAAAGAUGUAAAUUCACAGACAGAAAAGAAAACUAUAUAUAAUGAAUAUCUUAUAUUUUACAAAUAUUGC